AUGUCAGUCGAUGAAAGUCGUGCCUCAACGCCGUCUGUUGAUAUAAGCGACUAUUCCUCAUCACCUGCACCAUCUUCAUCGCAAACACCCAUCACCCAUAUCAAUAGCAGCAUCUCUAAUGGGUACCAUAAUGGAAUCACUGAUUUUUCGACCGUUGCCGAAGGUGCUCGCACGUCUACAUCGAGUCGCUCAAUAGCCUCUCAUAUGCAUUUUAACGAUAAUCGUUUUAUCAAACGCCCUCUGAAUGCAUACAUGAUUUGGACAAAACAAGAGCGUAAAAAGAUCUUAGAAUCGGAUCCGAGUUUAAAAAUGCACGAAGUUAGUCGAAUGAUGGGUGAGAAAUGGAAAGUGAUGACCGAAAAAGAGAAGAAACCUUUCUUCGAGCUAUCAAAGCAGAGUAAACUGGAGCAUAAAAGGGUGCUUCGAGACAAUCCAAAUUUGAUCUAUCAUCCGCAACGCAGAAAGUUUCUGAAAUCGCUCAUUAAAGCUGCUGAAUUGUCGGCAAUGGAAAUGGACGUAACGACGAAUAACAACCACGCAUCGUCAGCAGUUAGCAUCAUGUCAUCGCAGUCGUCUUCUCCGUCAGCAGCAUUUCAGACGACGAUCGUCCGACCGCGAAUCAGUGCGUUUUUGCAUGGCUGUUCGAGUCAGUCUUAUCAACAAGGUGUUACCCAAGCGCAAGUUGUGGCUGCCCCUUCUCCUGGCACGGUUCUUGUGGCACAAGCUUUGGGAGUUCGGACACCUGUGCAUGUACAGACUCCUCAGCAGUUGCAGGGCACACCCAUAUCGUUUACCUUCCAAACAGCACAGCCCCAGUCGGCGGUACUGCAAAAGAAUGUUUUAUAUUCAUCGUCGAUGAAUUCAACCCCAACACAUAGUAAUUUCAACAGUAAUGCACAGCAUGCAACACCUGCAAAUAUGCAUCAGAUGUUGGAUCUUUAUUAUACUUCGCUGUGUCAACCGGCAUUCCCUGAGCCUGGUGAAACAAGUACGAUGGCACCACCGCAGUACUAUCUGGAUCAGUAUCAGCAGUUGCAUUAUCAAGCGAUUGCAGCUGCAAACCAACAGAAUUAUGCUCAUCAAGCACAAAUGACUACUUCACACAGUGCAUAUUAA